CCUCCCAGGGCCUUGAAGAUGAGCCAGGCCUGGGUCUGGACCACCUGGGUGGGGGUCCUGCAGGAGGGGCUGCCCGGGCCUCGGUGGACCUCUCUGGACCCUCCACUCCACCCUGCCUGGACCUCAGAAUGGCGCCCAGAAAUCGUGGGACUUCAUGAAGACUCACGAUAGCGUGACCAUCCUCAUUUUCAACUCUUCCCGGAGGAGCCUGGUGUUGGUGAAGCAGUUCCGGCCAGCCGUGUAUGCUGGCGAGGUGGAGCGUCUCUUCCCGGGGUCCCUGGCCGCUGCGGAGCAGGACAGGCCCCAGGUACUGCAGGUGGUGCUGCCUGGCUCGGCGGGGGUCACCUACGAGCUGUGUGCCGGCCUCUUGGACCAGCCCGGGCUCUCGCUGGAGGAGGUGGCCUGCAAGGAGGCCUGGGAGGAGUGCGGCUACCGCCUGGCACCCUCUGACCUGCGCCGGGUGACCUCGUACAAGUCUGGCGUGGGACUGACUGGCUCCAGCCAGACCAUGUUCUACGCGGAGGUGACGGAUGCCCAGCGGGGCGGCCUGGGUGGGGGCCUGGCUGAGGAGGGAGAGCUCAUCGAGGUGGUGCACCUGCCCCUGGACGGCGCCCGGGCCUUUGCGGACGACCCGGAUGUUCCCAAGACCCUCGGCGUGAUCUUUGGUAUCUCGUGGUUCUUCAGCUGCGUGGCCCCUGGCCUGGGUCUCCAGUGAGAGCCCCGCAGACCCAAUAAAGGCUGGCAUCGCUGUUGCGUGUG